GAAGCUGCAGACGGGGCCCCCGCUGCUGCCGAUGCUUGUGGAGGGCCAAAGCUUCAUUGACGCACAGGAUGAGCUGUCGGUCACGGACUUCUGCCGCAAGUACGGAAUGCCGGACCGCAUCAUCCAGGAGGUCUUCAUCCCCAUGGCCAAGGCCUUAGACUUCAUCGACCCCGACAGGCUGUCCAUGACGGUGGUGCUGACGGCAAUGAACCGCUUCAUCAACGAGACCGACGGCAGUCAGACCGCCUUCCUGGACGGCAAUCAGCCAGACCGCCUUUGUGCGCCCAUGGUGCAGCACAUCUCAGCGGCCGGGGGGGAGGUGCGCCUGAGCGCGGUCGUGGAGGAGAUCGUGCUGGAGGAGGACGGCUCGGUGAGACACCUGCAGCUGCGAAACGGCGAGACCCUGAAGGCGGACGAGUAUGUGUCUGCCUUGCCGGUGGACGUGUUGAAGAGGCUGCUGCCGAAGAAAUGGUCGGCCAUGCCCUUCUUCAGGCAGCUGGACAACCUCGAGGGGAUUCCAGUGAUCAACAUCCACUUGUGGUUCGACCGGAAGCUGAAGAACAUCGAUGCGCUCUGCUUCAGCCGCUCCGACUUGCUCUCAGUCUAUGCGGAUAUGAGCACUUGCUGCAAGGAGUACAAGGAUGACGAGCGCUCGAUGCUGGAGCUAGUGUUCGCCCCUUGUGCCGCCAUUGCCGGGAGUAGCACCAAUUGGAUCGCCAAGAGCGACGAGGAGAUUGUCGAGGCCACCAUGAAGGAGCUGCAGCGGCUCUUCCCCACGGAGCUGGGGGACUUUGAGGGCGCCGCCCAGCUGCGGAAGUCCGUGGUGGUGAAGGUGCCCCGCAGCGUCUACGCCGCGCUGCCGGGGCGCAACAAGUUUCGGCCCUCCCAGGCGACUCCCAUCCGGAACUUCACUCUGGCGGGGGACUGGACGAGCCAGAAGUUCCUGGGCUCCAUGGAGGGCGCAAUCCUCGCGGGGAAGCUGGCCGCCCGGGUGGUCUCCAAGGGCGAGGUGCUGUGCAAGGCGCCCGGGCCGGGGUCAUCGGGCGACGGCGAGAGGGCGCCGCCAGGCUUGCGGGGCAACGGCACAGCCGUGGCCUUUGGCGGGGGCGCGGUAUGUGGCGCCAAAGAGCGCAAGGAGUUGUUGAAGCAGGACCCUUCGGUGUUGGAUCCCUGAGUCAGUCGGAAUUUGGACCUCCCAUCUGGCCAGGGGAUGGGGUUGACCUCGCGCUUACCGCA